AUGCAUUUGCCGGGAGCUUCAUUGCCUGUCGGCCCCGUAUCCCCAAGUAUUGGAUCGAGUGGAGGAUCGGAUCCCCAUAAGGGCGCCCCUAGUGGGGGCGGCGGGGGGCCUCUUGCGCGGCAUGUGAAGCGGAAGCUGGCAGGGUUGCUGGACGGCUGGCGCCGCGUUAAGAGUUUUCGGCUUUUCCUCGAGCCUGUCGAUGUAGAACAGAUGGAAUGCCCCACCUACUACGAUGUGAUCAAAAACCCUAUGGACCUGCGCACCAUGGAGGCCAAGCUGGAGAGGGACGAAUACAGGAGCGAGGAGGCAUUCGUCUGUGACUUGCUGCUCAUCUUCCGCAACUGCCGCACAUUCAACGACGAGGCUACACCCGCAGGACAGUUUGUGUUGCGGCUUUGUGCGGAGGCGGAAGCACGCAGCCUUGAGGAUCUCAAGAAGGCAUGCAAAGACUCGAAGGCCUGGGCUGCACUUGAGCAGCAAUUCUCGCAUGGAAAACAGAAGGCAGGGGCGCGGCAGAAGGGCGGAGGUGCCUCGAAGCGGGCUGCGUCUGGAGGUGCAUCCGCUUCUGAGAAUACGGUGUCAGCAGCUGCUGCAGGCCCCGCAGCAGCAGCCCCUUCCGCUGUGGGCCGUUCAGCAGCAGCUGAUCACAAUACGCCCCCCCAAAGCUAUGAUAGUGCAGGCAGAAAUGCUCUGGGGGCCUCUCCUGGGUUGCCUUGUGUGAACGGGCUCGUAUAUAGCGGCUCGAGUGGAGUAAGAGAGGAAGUAGCAACAGCUCUACCAGCAAGAGAAGCCGCCGUCUCAGAAAGGGUUGAAGGGGUUGUAGCUACCAGCGAAAAUGCCUCUGAAUCGACGUUGCAGCAGACAUCCACCUCAGGACUCGCUGGUGUUUCCCCUCCCAGUAUCCCUCUCACCCCUGGAGCAUCUGGCAGUCAGAGGGCCCCGUCGCAGGCGAACUGGCAGGGAGAAGGGGGCAGUUUUUUGGGGCAGGGCAUGCUGGAUAUUGAGAACUGCCUGGCGGGGAAGAGUUGGUACAUUUAUUGCCGAGACAACAUCCUCAGACCCCUGAAGGGGGAUCGCUACGCCUACCUUUUUCUCACGCCAGUCUUGGACAGCCCAGAGCUGCCGGAUGCCGUGAAGACUUCUUACAAGUCGGUGAUUGCAAGACCCAUGGAUUACGGCACCAUCUGGACUAAGCUUACUGCCAGGGAUUACCACCACCCUUUGGAGUUCUUCGAGGACAUGUUUCUGGUGUAUUCAAACUGCAUGGCUUUUAAUCCCCCCAACGACCAGCAGUGCGGCUGGUUGCAUCGCGUGGCAGAGAAGAGCCGAGACAAGUUCGUAGAAAGGUGGCGUCGCUGGGUAGUGCGCAUCUGGCGCGCUUUUGCGCAGCAUAACGCAGCAGCAGCGGCAGCGCCGCCUCCCGUGCUGGAGAAUGCUGAAGCAGCCAACGCUGCAGCAGCAGUAGAGUCAGAACCCGCUGUUGCUGCAGGACUGGCUGCCGCUCGCGCCGAGCUUCUGGAGCGGCGGCAUUCCCAUCCAGUGUUGCCUUUCGCGGCGCCACCUCAGCAACUGCAGCAGCAAACAGACAUCUGUCAUGCCCCACUGCAGCACCCCCAGUUGCAGCACCCGCCAGCGCAGCACAACCAACGUUGCCCCGAUAAGGCUCAGGACCCCUCGGCGGUGGCAGCAAGCGCAGCUGCUGCCGCCAAGGAUCCCAAGUACAGGGCCCUAGUCGUUGACCUGCUUGGCGAGGACGCACUGGAAGAUGCAAGCAACAGCUCCUUAGAUAGGGCGGCCACGACGCAGGAAACAUUGCAGCAGCAGCUUCAACAGCUGCAGCAGCAGCAACAACUGCUCCAGCAUGAACAUUUGCAGCUGCAGCAACAGCAGCUGGAGAUGCAGGAGAAAGAGCAGGCACUGGCUCGUGUAUCGGCAGCAGGCGAAGGCCCUGUUCACUGCGAGAGCCCUGCCAACUUAGGGGUUCCUGGAUCAAGUGAUCUUCAGCAGCAUCAGCAACAGCAGGAGCAGCUGCUGCAAGCCAUCGAUCCAGUUGCUGAGCACACUGACGCUGCUGCUUCUACGGGGUUGGUUGCUGGAGCUACCGCUGGCAACGACACUGCAGUCGAGCAACAGCAGCAUGGAGAUGCAGCGGCUGCAGCUGGGGAUGUCACUGGAGCAGCGGAGGGCAGAAAACACAAGAACAAAAAGCAAAAGCACCAAAAACAUAUGCAGCGAACCCAGCAGCAGCUGCAGAAACAGGAGGCACAGAAUGUGCAGCUGCCGCAGGAGGCGUCUGCAGGCGUCCAGUUACCCAGCAGUGGUCUGUUAGAGACUCAAGACCAGGCCGACUCUGGUGCUGUUCCGGGAUACCAUGCUGCAGCAGGAGUAGAAGAAGCGACACCAUCACCAGCAGCGCCUGCAGCCUUUGCAGCAGCUCCACCAGGGUGCCCACAGGUGGAUUAUCCAGCCGGUCUUCGCGGGGCUGUUGUGGUGCCUGCUGCCGUAACCGAUGCACCCCCUUUUCCUGUUUCUGUCUCACCUCAACAAGCAGCGGCAGUAGCAGCGACUCUAGCAGCAGACGCAGCGGGGAGCUCCCUCUUACCCAACACUUCCCUAGGAGAUUCCCCUCGGCUCUGUGACAUAAUUGAGGCUCCCCCAGCCGAGAUUCUGAAAGCCAUGGGGGUCAAGGAAGUACCUGCCCGUCCCAUUGCUACUCCGGUUCCUGCGGCUGCUUCCGCUGUGCCUGUUGCUGCGCCGGUGUCUGCUACUGAUGCAACUCUAAUCAGUUUGCCGCCAGCGGCCGGCACCACUGCUGAGGCAUCUGCAACGUGGCUGGCAGGGCCAACCCCGUCGCAGCUGUCUGCUGGCCCAGCUGCUGCUGCUGCUGUAGCAGCACCACCAGCAGCAGCCACAGCCACAGGAGGUGUGAGAGGCCGUGCUUGUGUGGAAGGCUCAUCGUUACCACCACCUGGCGAUGAGGUGAUCGCUGGAACCCUACAAACGCAACAUUCUACAGCCUUCUACGACAUCCAGCAGCAGCAUCAGCUUCUACACCUGCAAACGCAGCAGUCAAGAGAGGACUUGCUUCCACCGAAGCUUCGUAUAUUAUUGGAAUCGACGCGGAAGAAGGGACCACCUCCUAGGCUCCUGUUGCUGCCUUGGAGGGGCAGAGGCAACGGCCCUAUCCCCGAAGGCUAUGCCAGCCGUCUUCCGAGUACAUCCUGUGGUCCCAAAGCUGCAGUUGGUGUUUGUGCUGCUGCUGGCACCACUGAAGCCACAGCAGCAGAACCGACAGGAUCCGCCAGUGCAUCUGAUCGCAGCGUGAAGAGAGAAACGACACAAGGAGACUCUGUGGCAGCUUCUGCCGAGAUUGAGAGAGCAACAGAAGAAGCGCCACCUCCAGAGGCAGCAGUGUCUGAUGUUGCCGAGAAGACCAGCAGCAGCAGAGAGCAGAGAUCCAAGCUGUCUUUGAGGCUGCGGAGUAGCUGUACUAGCAGGCGUUCAACACCAUUAUCGAACAAGGCCGUGCCUCGCAAUGUAUUUUUUGUUGGAGAUGAGGAUCCAGAGACAGAGGGGACUCUGGGGGCAAUGUGCGUGGAUAAUGAAGGGGAGAUUGCAGCAACAACAGCAGAAGCAAAACCCCCAUUGCCUGCAACACCUGUUACAGCGCGGGACGCAACGCAGACGAAAAUGACUCUUGCAGCAGAAGCAGCACAGGCGGCAGCAGUUCAAAGCACCAGCACCGCGCAUCUGCUGAGGCUGCCAUCCCGUGUCAGUCUGCUGCCGGAGGAUGUAGAUAUACUCAAGGUUCACGCCGGGCUCGGUACCACUGCUGCCAAUGCUGCUGGUGCGGCGCCGCUGCUGCUGCACUUGAAGCUUCAGGGAGCUGAUGCGGCAGCUGCGGCACUGGCACUCAAGGGAGAGUACCUGGUUUCUUCAUACUUACAGCUAGCAGCAGCAGCUACUGCAGAAGGAGGGGAUGAAAACGCCCUUACCUUAGGCGGUCUGAGUCAUCGUCCUGCUGCCGCUACUGCGCCUGGCGCUGCAUCUGCUAGUGGUUCUGCGGGCGUUGCUGUGGCCAAGCGCAGCUGCUGGUGUUACGCACGACCGCAGAAGGGGCAGGAGAACCGAGGUUCUUUGUUGGCUGGGCGGUCUGUCUUCAGUGUCGAGCGUCAAGCAAUUAGGAACCUUCCGAGGCGUCUCCUGGAAGAGGCGCAGCAGAAGAAGCAACGGCGAGGGGGGAUAGCGGACGGCUGUUUGCUUGGUGAACUGUGGGGCUCAGCCACACAGAAGCCGUUUGGAGAGGCGUUUGGCGGAGGGUUGCUGCAGGUGGUGUUGCGUGCUGCUGCAUCCGGGGGUUCAGGAGAUGCACUUGGCAGCAGCUGUGGCAGCGGCUGCAAUCGCCUUGCCUGCACGAACGAAGAGUGUUUGUCUGACGGGCUCCGUUUCAUUGAGGAUUUGAACAUGUGGGCUGCUGCGCUGCCGUCGGAGCUGUUGCUGCCAGUGCAGCAACAGAAGCAACAGCGACAUCGCAUACUGCGGCUUCCAGCAUUGGAUGUUGUGUUGCUGCACUCGGAACCCUUAGGCCUGGUGACCCUUUCAAAGCCUCAUGCUUGUAGCAGCAGCGCGCCCCCUAGUGCGGGUGAGAGUGCGGCUGCUGUAUACCGUGCCGCUGAUGGACUCCGCAGCAGUAAGGUAGAGCUCCCGUUGCAGUUGAAAACCGAGGUGCCCUCACAGACGGCGAACCGCAAGAAGAGGGCUUCGGGCGACUUUGACUGUGGGGAGACGGACACAAGUAGCAGCGGAAGCCUUCCAAUGAGGUAG